AUGGAUUCUAUCCCGAUCAGGGAAAAGGAGCCAUUUGACAUCCUGAAAACAGACGGAUCGGAUCAAAAUGCUCAGCUCCCCGAUGACCAACUCCUCCAAAAGCGGUUCGCUCCAGUGGAUGACGAAGAAUCCCUCGAAUCAUCGAAUCCUGUGUCGGAAAUAGGCGAGAAGUGGAACAGUCCUGGUGAGAAUAUAGGUAGGCUCGCCUUUGCCUUUCUAUCCUUUAUAGUUGCGGGUAUGAGCGACGCAGUUGUUGGGGCGUUGCUUCCCUCCAUCGAGUCCUACUAUAAGCUUGACUAUUCCACCAUCUCCCUCGUCUUUCUCACUCCAUUCUUCGGCUACUCAAUCGCCGCAUUCAUGUGUUCUCGAAUCCACAUGAGAUGGGGCCAGCGUGGGAUUGCUAUUCUGGCACCAAUUUGUCAUGUUGUGACAUUUGUUGUACUUGCUGUCCAUCCGCCGUUUCCCGUAUUGAUUGUGGGCAACGCGUUUAGUGGAUUUGGAAAUGGUCUUACAGACGCCUGCUUUCCGGCUUGGGUUGGGGGGAUGCAUAGAGGCAGCACACUCCAAGGAUUUUUAACCGCUUGUUACUCGAUCGGAGCCCUUUGCGCACCUUUAGUGGCUGCUGUGAUGAUUUCCAGAGCUAGCCUGCCUUGGUAUACUUUCUACUAUAUUAUGGUUGGGCUAUCUGUUUUGGAGCUCUGUGGCCUGGUGGUGUGCUUCUGGAGAUGCGACGGCCCCUCAUAUCGAGCUUCGCAACCGCAAAAUACAUCUGGUUCGUCGAGUUUUGGUCUAAGAGCCGUGAUCAAGAACAAGGUUGCAUGGAUUAUCGCAUUGUUCUUUUUUGUCGAUACUGGAGUGAUGACUGGCAUCGGUGGCUGGACCGUCACGUAUAUGCUGCGCGUCCGCGGCGCAUCCCCGUACGCCUCUGGCCUGUCCUUGUCUGGAUAUUGGCUUGGCAUGGCUCUAGGAAGAGCGAUCUUGGGCUUUGUCAAUGAAAAGUUUGGCAUUAGAAUAUGCACUGCCAUCUAUCUAUGCAUCUGCAUUGGCAUCGAACUCAUUCUCUGGUUGAUACCAAAUUUCGAAGUGUCAGCUGUUUCCGUGGCUCUUCUCGGUUUCUUUCUUGGGCCAAUGUAUCCGGGAGGGGUCAUGAUGGCCACGGAGCUGCUUCCAAAGAGUAUGCAUGUGAGCGCCAUUGGGUUUGCUAUUGCGAUUGGGGGUAUUGGUGGCACCGUUUUCCCAUACGCAAUUGGCGCCGUGGCUUCUCACACCAAUGUUUCGGUUCUUCAACCAAUCAUUCUGAGCCUCCUUGUGUUGGAGACUAUGGUCUGGUUCUGUUUGCCAGGCUUUGCGAGACAGAUUAAGCGAAUGAUUUUGCAGACUAGAUUUGAAAAGAUAUAG